AUGUCUAUGAUGUUUGCUAAUUGGAUAUCUUCUCCUCGAUAUAUGGGACAGCGGAACCUCGUAUAUUGCACCACUUUAUUUCACACAUUCACACGGUGGGCAAAAAAUACAGGUGAUAAAUAUCAUGCUAUAAACUCAAUGUAUGAGGAUAUGUUCACACCUCCAAGUAAUAAUGCCUUGAUUUUACAGGAUGGAGGCGAAUCCGAUUCUACUAAAACAAGGACUGUUAGCUCUUUACAAGAGGAUAUCAGUGAUUUUAAUGAAGACUUGCACAAUUUCUAUAAUAUAGGAUUUGCCAAACAGAUUAUAUCUGCUUCUCAAUUGGAAAAUGUAGUCAAGGCAAGAGGGAGGUUUAUCAUACAAAGCUUGUCCACCAGUCCCUAUUUUAAUCUAGCGCUUGAAAACUAUGUCUUCAAAAAUACACCAAGAGUUAAAAAAGGUUUCGAUAAUUGCAGACUUUUAUUUUACAUCAAUGAUAAAUGCGCAGUUAUUGGCAAAAACCAAAAUCUGUGGCAGGAAGUGGAUCUUGUUAAGCUGAAGAGUAAAAAUUUUGAAUUACUGAGAAGAUUUUCUGGAGGUGGUACUGUACUGCAUGAUUUGGGGAAUGUUAAUUAUUCAUAUUUGACAUCCAGAGAAAAAUUUGAAACAAAGUUUUUCAACACAAUGAUAAUUAAGUGGUUAAAUUCAUUCAAUUCCGAAUUGAGACUGGAUUUGAAUGAUAGAGGGGAUAUUAUUCAAGACGGGUUUAAAGUUAGUGGCAGUGCUUAUAAAAUUGCUGGUGGUAAAGCAUACCAUCAUGCAACGAUGUUACUCAAAGCUGAUUUGGAACAGUUCAGUGGUUUGUUAGAACCCUCAUUACCGGACAAUAUGGAAUGGGAAUCGAGUGGAGUUCAUAGUGUAAAAUCUAAGAUUAAAAAUGUCGGUGCAAUUAGUCCUAACCAAUUCAUUGGGGUAGUAUCCGAGCGCUUUCAGAAGAACUUCAAACUUGACAACGAAAUACCUAUAUAUUUCUGUGACGAAUUUAAAUCUAUAAAUGACGAGAUUAAAGAUGCUAUGAAUACCUUACAGAGCGAUAAAUGGAAAUAUCUCUCGGGUCCCAAGUUCUCAGUAAAAAUUAAGGAUAAAAAUUUAAGAAUCAAAGUCGAAAAGGGUAUGAUUUAUGACUGUAAUAGAAACGAUUUAAUUGGCUUGGAAUUCAAAGGUUUUUUGGAGAAUAUUGAUAGUUACACAUAA